UGCAAAGUCUUAUUUUAUUUCAGUCAAACUCAAAUCAAAACCUCAUCACUCUCUCUGCAUUGCAUUGCAUUGCUUCCAACAAUCUCCAAAACAUCCAUCUUUUCAACCUCCAUGUUCUUUCUACUCAAUCAUUAUCCUAUAUAAAUUACUAACAUGUUUUCUUGAUUUCAAACUUCACUUUCCAAAACCAUUCUUAUAACACAUGGAUCAAUUGGAUGUAUCAGAGGAAGAUCAUGUAGGGUUAUUGAUUCAGAAAGAGAUUUCUUUUGGCUUCAAAAAAGAUGGACUUUUCGUCUUUGAUGAACCCCUCAAACGUGCUCGUUUCAAUGCAAUCAAUUGGAUUUUCAAAAUAACAGAAGCAUUGGAUUUUCACUUUCAAACAGCUUAUUUGUCAGUGACUUACUUGGAUCAGUUCCUUACCAAACGCUACAUUGAUGCGGAGAAGAAUUGGGCGAUAAGAUUGUUAUCAAUUGCUUGUGUUUCUCUGGCUGCAAAGAUGGAAGAAUGCAAUGUGCCGGAGCUAUCGAAGUUUCAAUUGGAAGAUUGUUAUUUCUUUCAAGGAAAAGUGAUUCAGAAAAUGGAACUUUUGGUUCUUACCACAUUGGAUUGGAACAUGAGUAUCAUUACUCCCUUUUCAUUCCUUUCUUACUUCAUCAAAAAGUUCGGAAAUGAUUCCGACACAAUGCAACCUAUCUUUACUGUAAUUAUGGAAGGGUUCAAUCUAAUGGAUCACAGACCAUCUGUUGUUGCAGCAGCUGCUACAUUGUUGGCAUUGGAUCAAACAUUGACCAUAGAAGAUGUGAGGUUGAAAAUGGAUUCGAUUUCGCAAAUCGAACCGAAUGAUGUUUUUGAUUGCUACACUCUAAUUCGGAGAUUAUAUGAGGAGAAGAUGAAAAGAGAGGAGCAUCUAUAUACACCGAAUACUUCGGUUAUCCGAUCCAGGACAAUUGAUUAUGCUGUUUCUAUGACAAAGAGAAGAAGACUGUCGUUCAUCGAUGAUGAAGAUGGUGGCGACGAGAAGGAUCCACAUCAAGAAGAUCCCAAAACUUGAAGUUUUAACAGUUCUAUGUGAAGAUUAUGUUUUGUCCAUCUUUGUUACUUUUUUGUCAUAGUUUCAUAUCAUCAAGAGAGAUAGAGAAAGGUUUUGAUUGUUACUAGACUAAAAAUAGUUUGGAUUUAUUGGUUGUUACGACGAGGAACAUCGAGGCAAAGGAAACUCGGGUUUUCGGAUACAUUUAGUAGUUGAAAUGCUGAAAUUAGCAGGUAAAUUUGAAGUGUUAAUAUAGUUUGAUCUCACAAAUAAUGGCAAUAAUGAUGAUGGAAGGUUUAGAAAUGUGAUGAAAAAGUGGGAAAGUGGGAAAAGAAAAACAGUGUUGGUGUCAUAGGUUGCAUGGUUUAUGUUUCAUGUUAGCCAUGAGAAAUGUCUUGUAAAGAUUGAUUGGAUUUGUUUGAAUGUUUGAGACUGCUUUUAAGGCGGGACCUACCGUUUUGCCUGGCUUUCUUGUGUUCAUGGGUCAUGAAACUCAGAUGUUUGUUGAAUCAAAAGUGUUUUUCUGUUGGUUA